AAAUGCUUAAGAUCUUCAUCAUAUUACUGAUCAGCUUAGGAGUCAAGAUUGGGUUUUACUCAAUAGACUUUUUCCAGCCUGUUUCAAAAUUCCCUUUCUUUAGCAAUGUGCACACCGACUUUGAAGAAAUCUUGGAAGGAAUUAGCUGGAAAAAGAUUGUCAAAACUCAACGAAAACAACUCUCUGCCCUUAUAUCCGAGAUUCCAGAGAACAGUUCAAUGGAGGUUGAUCAAGAAGACAGAAGAAUUUUAGAAGAGAAGCUCAAGUUUAACCCUAAACAUUAUGCAAACGAUUAUAACCUUCAACACCAUCCUAUUAUUAUCGAACUGCUAUCUUCUGUAUACGAAGCGGGAGGAAAAGAUGCUGUUUUUGCACUCUAUCUUUUAUUGGAUCUGCUGACAUGCUUCUUCUUGUACCAUUCUUACAAAUUAACAAAGCAAGACCCCCCUUCAGCUACUAGUUUUAUGCUGGUUUGACUGAAUCCUCUAUCCAUUGCUGCUGUGUGACUCUGAAAUACAUAUUUGUUCAUGUAUUUCUUUUUCUCAUUCAUAUUGGCUGAUACUAUGUCUAAGAAGAGAAGUUCGACAGUGCUUGCAGUCUUUGGAGGCCUUCUCAUAGCUCUAGAUCCUCACUAUCUUGUACUAAUCCUUCUGAUAAUUUUGUAUCGAUAUACUACAGUGAAGGAAAGACUCUUUGCCGCUUUAAAAGUCAUCACAAUUGCAGCAAUGGGCAUUUCAUAUGUGUACUUUGCAUCUGGAAUGGAAGCUUUCAAGUCUGUUUAUGUAAAUCUCCUGUUUAUUACAGAUGGAAAUGAAAGUAUGAGCAUGGUGUGGUACUUUUAUAUUAUAUGAUUCAAAGACUUCCUGGCUCCUCUCAGACUCCUGGUGCUAUUGUACCCCUAUAUUCUACUUUUGCCAGCUUUCUAUAAUGUUAAAUUCUUGGAACACAGCUAUAACGAAUAUUGAUUAAUGCCUAUCGAUCCAAACAACCAGCUAAACCAAGGUUUAGAAAAUCAUAUUAAAGGGUUGAAGGAAAAACCUGAAGGCUAUAGGAAGUUUUUAACCAAGGACGAAGAAAAUCUUAAUCCUAAGAGAGUGGAAAACUAUCAUUUAUCGCUAGCGCUAAUUCUGGUAUUCAUUUACUUCACACUGACUAAAGAAUAUCUAGUUUCCUCUGAUUUCAUCAUAAUAAUCCCUUUUAUUCCACAGCAUUGGAAACUUUUGAGCCAGUCGCCAUUCUCAGUAGUGAUGCUAUUCAUCCUGACUCUAUCUUAUUUCGGACAAUUUGCAAUGUUUAUCUCUUGGCAAAUGAGAAUUAUUGCUAAUGUGAACAACUACUGGACACAAAUUUUUAUAAACUCUAUAGCCUGGGUGAUCACUGCCAAUAUAAUCACUAGUCGGGUGAAGGAUAAAGCCAAGGAGUUCAGAGUUACAACUGAUUACUUUUACAAGCACAUAAAGCAGGACUAA